AUGGCCGAGUUCAAGACGUUCAGGGUCAAGGAGUUGCACCCGACCUUCGCCGCCGAGAUCGAGGGCGUCAACUGGGACAACCUGACCGAGGAAGGACUCGACGAGAUCAAGGCCGCCAUGGCCAAGUACGGCGUCUGCGUCUUCCGCAAGACGGGCCUCACCGACGACGCGCACGUCAAGUUCUCGUACCGCCUCGGCGACCUCGACACCAUCACGCGCUACCUCGCCGCGGGCCGCAAGCUGCGCUACGACCACGUCGAGCUCUUCGACGCGGGCAACCUCGACCAGGACAACAACAUCGUGGCCCCGGACUCGCCGCGGGCGCACCAGAACCGCGGCAACGGCCUCUUCCACGUCGACUCGUCCUUCAACCCGCGCCGCGCGUCCUACUCGCUGCUGCGCGCCGUCGAGAUCCCGCCCCCCGAGGCGGGCGGCAACACCGACUUUGCCGACUCGCGCGCCGCCUUCGACGCGCUGCCCGCGGACCUGCGGCGCGAGCUGCUCGAGAAGAACUACGUCGGCGCGCACAGCAUGGCCGCCUCGCGCAAGAAGGGCAGCCCGGACUUCUUCCGGGACGUGGACCCCGGCGCGGGCCCCAUGAGCUACCACCGCGUCUGCCAGCGGCACGAGCCCUCGGGCCGCAUGAACCUGUACGUCGGGGCGCACCUGCACCACAUCGAGGGGCUCGGCCGCGGCGAGUCGGACGCGCUGAUCGCGCGGCUCAACGAGCACGUCGCGCGCGAGGGGAACCGCGCCAGCGUGGCGUGGACGUCGCCCGGCGACAUGGUCAUCUGGGACAACCGGUGCGUGCUGCACCGGGCCGGGCCGGGCGACUUUGAGGGCAGGUACAAGCGCGACCUGCGGAGGACGACGGUGCACGACGACAGCCCCACGGCGUGGGGGCUCAACCGCGAGGGCACGGCCAUGCCCGGCGGCGGGGCGUGGCAGGCGGCUAUGGACAAGGGGCGUGCGAAGCAGGCGGGCGGUGCUGCUGCUUCGUCGGCGCCGGCUAUCAAGGCGUGA